GUGUGUGUGUGGAGGGAGGUGUAGUAGUGGGGUAGAUGGUAGCAUAGUGGGGUGUUCGCAUUUAGGACGCUGACUAGUGGCUUACUACACUUAAAACCUGCAAACUGCACAUUGUGACAAGUAAAUAACUGCAUGUGGAUGAAGCAAUUACACAGUUCAUCAUGAGGAGCCUGUGUAUGUCUGUAACUCUGCUGCUGCAGCUCCUUGGGUCUUGUCUAUGCCAGUUCCCCCGACCAUGCGCUAACUCUGAGGGACUACGGACCAAAGAGUGUUGCCCUGUGUGGGACGGUGAUGGCUCAGCCUGUGGUGCCCUGUCGGGCCGUGGGUUCUGUGCUGAGGUGGAGGUGUCAGAGGAGCCCCAUGGGCCCCAGUACCCGCACAGCGGAAUCGACGACCGAGAGCGCUGGCCCUUAGCUUUCUUCAACCGGACGUGCCGCUGUGCUGGAAACUAUGGUGGCUUCAACUGUGGUGAAUGCAGGUUUGGGUACUGGGGUCCAGGCUGUGCCCAAUACCGGGAAUCAGUGCGUCGGAACAUCAUGACGCUGUCAGUUUCCGAGCAACAGAGGUUCAUCUCUUACCUUAACCUGGCCAAAAACACCAUAAGCCAAGACUAUGUCAUCUCCACAGCAACAAGGGCAGAAAUGGGUGAAAAUGGUGAGAACCCCAUGUUCUCUGACAUCAGCACCUAUGACUUGUUUGUCUGGAUUCACUACUACGUGUCGCGGGACGCCUUCCUGGGUGGGCCUGGGAAUGUAUGGACAGACAUUGACUUUGCCCAUGAGUCUUCAGCCUUCCUGCCCUGGCACCGUGUCUACCUGCUGCACUGGGAGAAUGAAAUCAGGAAGCUGACAGGGGAUUUUAACUUUACCAUCCCAUACUGGGACUGGAGGGAUGCACAGGCCUGUGAUGUAUGCACUGAUGCUCUGAUGGGCGGACGCAGCACCUUCAACCCCAACCUCAUCAGCCCUGCUUCUGUCUUCUCUUCUUGGAAGGUGAUCUGCACCCAGCCUGAGGAGUACAACAACAGAGAGGCAUUGUGUAAUGGUACCGGAGAGGGUCCACUGUUACGUAACCCUGGCAACCAUGACAGAGGCCGCGUGACACGACUCCCCACGACGGCCGACGUGGAGUUCAGUUUGUCUCUCACUGAGUACGAGACGGGAGCCAUGGACCGUUUUGCCAACAGGAGCUUCAGAAACGUCGUGGAGGGUUUUGCGAGUCCGGAGACAGGUAUGGCAGUGCCCGGCCAGAGCACCAUGCACAACGCCUUGCAUGUCUUCAUGAACGGCUCCAUGUCCUCAGUGCAGGGCUCAGCCAACGACCCAAUAUUCCUGUUGCACCACGCCUUCAUAGACAGUAUUUAUGAGCGCUGGCUGAGGGCCCAUCAGCCUCCCCGGACACAUUACCCACGUGCCAACGCUCCCAUCGGCCACAACGACGGCUACUACAUGGUGCCCUUCCUGCCUCUCUAUAGAAAUGGAGACUACUUCCUGUCCAACAAGGCUCUGGGAUAUGAAUACGCAUAUCUGUUGGACCCUGGCCAGAGGUUCGUCCAGGAGUUCCUGACGCCCUACCUGCAGCAAGCCCAGCAGAUCUGGCAGUGGCUCCUGGGCGCCGGGAUCCUGGGUGCGCUGGUUGCCACACUCACUGCUGUGCUGGCUGUCACAGUGAUAAAGAGAAGAAACCGCAGGGAAAAGAGGAAGAAGACAUCGAGCUAUGGAGAGAGACAGCCACUAUUGCAGAGCAGUUCAGACGAAGGGUCAACUUCGUAUCAGACUACACUGUAACAUGCACAGACGCACACACACAUGAAGGAAGAAAAUAUUAGGGACACAUUUUCAUCAAGUGCACUGAUAGUGAUGAAAGCCACGCUAUGCAAAACUGAACGCUGAUGAUGACAGCCUGCUGAGUCAGAAGAGUCCUAACUUAAAUUAAAUAAAUUAAACUUAACACACCGCACCUUUAACUCUAUACCAAUCUCAAAGGAGAUGUAGAUGAAGAGGAGCUGAUACGUUACAGAAAGGUUUUCAAAGCUGAAACAUGUAAUAUUUUUUAAAUGUUGUGAUAUCAGUAUAUCUGUGUAUGGUAGAGUUUGCUAAGACAUCAUACUCUGCUAUAGAGAAAUGUCAACCAUAUCAGUCAAAGUGUCAGGUUGCAUCUCAGUCUGAGACAAGUGACCCUAAUAGUUUCUUCAUUCAGGGUAUGCAUGUGCACACACACACACACACACACACACACACACACACAC